GAUCUCGAUCUCAACAUAGAUUUUUUGCCGUACAACUGGCUUCACUUUGGAGGUUAUGACGUUUGCCCUUUUAGGUGCAUGCGUCACAAGCGUGUUUGUGUGCGUGUGUUCAGUACGCGUCGCCAAACGGUCCUACCGUCCCAUGGAGCGGAUAAAGCGGAAGCGUAACCAGCGGAUCGUCAAUCACGGAUCCGUUUCAACGGAAUCUUUGAAAGGGCUCUAUCGGAAAGAUUCUGUGAUUGGCGAUCCGCUGGUCCGCUUACGCUUAAUCUGAUGAAAUCCGCUCCAUGGGACGUUUAGGAGCAAAUUUCGGCGUACCAAAAUCGGCGGAUCGUCUGUGAUUGGCCGCAGACUUCGAUACGCCCGAUACGCGCGUAUCGCAAUACGCGCCAUGGGACGGCACCCUCAGAAGUACGGUACAUUGUUUUGUGUUAAACAGUGGGUCUGUUUGCGUUGCGACAAUAUAUAAAUUUAAAAUAAAAAUGGUGCGGUGUAUUGUUAAAAGUUGUAGAAAUAAAACAACGGGGGUUCGUGAGGAAACUGUGAAUUUUUUUCAGCUACCGAAAAAUGAAGUAAUGCGGGAAGGAUGGCUGAAAAAAAUAGGAGGCUAUGUUUUACCACCAAAAGUUGAAUUUGCAAGGAUAUGCUCGGUUCAUUUUAGUCAAGAGUCCUUUCAUCAAGGUCGAGCACGGAAAGACCCUGUUAAGAAACGUCACCUACUACCAUCGGCUGUGCCAACGUUAUUUUUGAAUUGUUCAGAAGCUCCAAAUGUAAACAAAAAUGCGGUGGCUGAGUACAAAGAUUCCUUACCUGAUGAAGUUUUAUUGUGUCUGGUGAGAACACGUACGUACAUACGAAUAAAAGAAAAUGCCAAAAAAUCGUAUGUAAACAGAGAGAGAAGAAAGAAGGAGAAGAAAAUGAAGAAACUAGUGUCGUAA